GCGACCCACCGUGUUUGAUAAACAACAACCAUGAUUGAUACAGAGCAGCAGCCCUUGCUACACACAGAACAAAGCAAAGGCACCCUCGAUUCCUGGCGCUGCAAAUUAGGUGAAAUCCUCGAGGCCCAGCUCUUCCACAAGUUCGUAAUCGCUUUGAUUACUAUUGACGCUACUUGUGUGCUUGCAGAUCUUGCAUAUACUCUCUUGUCUGCCGACUGUACCCCAACAGGUCCAGAGGGUCCCCCGUGGCUCGAAGUUCUGGCUCACAUUUCUCUCGUUAUCACCACAUUCUUCCUCGUUGAAAUUCCUCUCGCCCUUUGGGCCUUCGGUCUCCAAUAUUAUAAUCCCCUCGGGCAGGUCACCCAUGCUCCACUGCACCUGUUUGAUGCUGCCAUCAUCAUAACAACUUUUCUUCUGGAGAUUACCUUGAAGGGUAAAGAAAGGGAACUCGGCGCGUUACUUAUUGUUCUCCGUCUGUGGCGCUUGGUCAAGCUUGUCGGCGGAAUAACCGUGGGUGCCGGCGAAAUAUCAGAAGAAAAUGACGAAGCUCUUCUGGAUGCGCGCCGACAGCUUGAGAGCCUAAAAUCCGAACUUGAAAUUGUCAGUCGUGAGAAUCAAGAACUCAGAGCACGACUGGGAUGGAAUGUUCAAGGGCUAGAGACAGCCGAAUUAUGAUAUUUCCUGCAUAAUCUAUAACGUGGAUAUACAUGAUAGUAGGGCUACAAAAAUUGGUGCGUGGGCAAAGUUCAA